CGCCCCCUGUUCCUGAAGCAUCCUCACAAGUCGAGAUGCAAGGUCUCGAGAUCACGUUCGGGUCGCCGCAGUACGAAGCCGCCGUGGCGCUGCGCUACGAGGUGCUGCGAAAGCCGCUGGGCAUGCAGUUUGAUCCUGAAGUCCUCGCCAAGGAAGGCUCGGACAUUCACGUGGGGCUCGUUGACGGCGACGCCCUUCUCGCCACCGCCAUGCUGCGUCCGGACGUCGACGGUGUCGCGUGGAUGAAGCAAGUCGCGGUGCAGCCAAGCAUGCACGGGAAGGGCCUCGGGCGCGUCCUCAUCGAAGCUCUCGAGACCAUCGCGCGGCAAAAGAGCUUUUCGCACAUCAAACUCCACUCGCGCGCCACCGCCGUCCCGUUCUACAAGAAGCUCGGGUACACGACGUUUGGCGAGCCCUUUGACGAGGUCGGGAUCCCCCACGAGGCUAUGGAGAAGGUUCUUCUCAUAGUGUAGCUACCUAUAAUCGACGUGUCAUGUUGUAGCAUGUCUUGUUGGUCCCACCCACCGUUUCGUGCAGGUUGAGCGGUUUCUAUCUAUCCAACUGUCUAUCGAUAUCACUGGGCAAACGAAAAGCUGCAUGGAUAGAAUAAAGUAAGAUCUUAGGUU